AUGGCCGCAGCAAAAGCUACAACCGUUCUAGAUCCUCCUAAAUGGAUUUUAGGUUGGUUCAUCAUUUCAUCUUUUAUCGUAAUGUGGGAUACAGGUUACAUCCUUGGUCGUCCUCAUACAUUCAAGGGCGGUAAAUGGCAUUUCCUCUGGCAACCUUAUGAUUUAUACGGAGAUGUUGAUUUAAUUUAUUCAAAACGUUUUUAUGAAUUACACAACGGUUUCACUCUCGCUCAAGGUUUAAUGAACAUCGUUGAAACAAUUUUAAACUUUUCUUAUGUUUAUUUGGCUGCUUAUCAAUCAAACGCUCGUUUACGUGCAAUCGCUCCCGUAAUCGGUUUUACCGCCGCUAUUGCAACAUUUUGGAAAACAGUUUUGUAUUGGGCUCAAGAUUGGGCAAGUGGUCCAAAAGGUUGGGGUUAUACCGGUCAUAAUACAGCCUAUAACUUUAUCGUCAUCUUCUUCUUGCCAAACUUCCAAUGGAUUUUGUUCCCCGCCGCAAUCGCUUUCUCUUUGGGUCGUACAAUGUCACAAAGUCUCAUUCAAGCUGCUGGUCUUGCUGGACCUGCCGGCGGAACACGCUCUCGUACACGCAAGAGCUCAACACCAACCACCAGUCGCAGAAAGAGUGUCAAGGCUCAAUAA